GCAUACGCGUAUUGUUUGUCUGCUACGAUCACUGUCAGUGACUUUCACUAACGCGUACCUCGUAACGAGAAUGCCUAUGUUACACUGAUUACAAGCCCUCGUUUAGAGCUCGGUCGCAAAGGACGGCAAACAAGCACUCUGCUCCGGAGAGGUCACGCAAACGGAGGACAUUUGCCUCUUUUUCGUUGUCUGUCAUCUAGCUGUCAAACAAAGAUGAUGCUUUCCUCUCGAAGGGCAUGGCUGUAGGAGGUAAACAAAAUGGGAACAACAGUGAUCCAGCCUUGCAGAAGCUGCUGGCAUCUCUAGAACAGGUAUGCCAGAAGGCAGACAGCUGGGAAGAAGAUCGUGCCUUUCUCACUCAACUGUUUCAAAGCAAAGCCCUCCAGUCGUUAGUUUAUAUUCACAGUAGGUUAUCCAACUUGAGUGGCAAAGAACUUAUUCCACUUUCCAAAGAUGCCUCGUCUCUCGCGGAAAAGGUGCGGAAAGUUCUGCAAAAAAGUACUGCAGGAGAAGCAGAGGAACUCUCUCUGUUGAUUUUGUCACCACAUUUCAAGGGAUUCCUUGAAGCCCAUGAUGUUGUAGCAAGGAAGGAUUUCCAUCCAACACUGCCAGAAGUGGCCCACGAUGCAUUAGAGGAUGAAGAAACUGUGAAGAUAGUGCAGCUCGUGAAAAGCAAUGAACCCUUAGGAGCAACAAUUAAGUACAACGAUAUAGCAAAAGCCAUAACCAUUGCCAGGAUUUUGCAUGGUGGAGCAGCCGACAGGAGUGGAUUGAUCCACGUAGGUGAUGAAGUACACGAGGUGAAUGGGAUCAGCGUUAAAGGGAAAGCACCUCAUGAUGUGGUUAACAUACUGGAGCAAAGCCAAGAUGGGACAAUCAUGCUGAAACUGGUACCUGGGCAAGAAGUAGUAUCAGCACAAGAGAGCAGGGUUCGAGUGCGGGCUCUCUUUGACUACGACCCCAUGGAGGAUCCCCUGAUCCCAUGUCAGGAGGCUGGGCUUCCCUUCAGGAGAGGCCAGGUGCUGCAUGUUGUAAGCCAGGAAGAUCCGUACUGGUGGCAGGCGCGUCGUGAAGGAAAUGAACGAUGUGGGCGUGCCGGUCUCAUUCCUGGCUGUUCCCUGCAGGAGAGGCGGUUUGCCGAGAUGCGAACUCUAAACUUUGAUAGUGAUGAGGACAGCAUUCUGCACAGCUGUAGUUCUCCGCUUAAAAAAGAUGCAAAACCGAGGAAGAUAAAGAAGGUCAUGUAUGAUGUUACAGACAAUGAAGAUUUUGAUAGAGAGCUGAUAGCAACGUACGAAGAAGUUGCCAAGUGGUAUCCAAAGCCUGGAUUUUACCGUCCUGUUGUGCUUAUUGGUCCUCCAGGAGUGGGCCGAAACGAACUGAAGCGGAGGUUAAUUGCUAGCGACCCUGACAGGUUCAAGACAACCAUACCAAACACAAGUAGGCAGCGGAAACCAUGGGAAAUAGAUGGCAAAGACUACUACUUUGUAAACAGAGCGUAUAUGGAAGAAGAAAUACGGAGAGGAAAGUUUAUAGAGCACGGCGAGUAUAAAGGAAACCUCUACGGGACCAGCAUUGAGGCCGUGCGAUCCAUUGUGAACGCUGGUUAUGUCUGUGUCAUGAAUCCACAUCCACAGGCUCUCAAGAUGCUACGGACAGCAGAACUGAAGCCCUUUAUUAUCUUCAUUAAACCACCGUGCCUAGAAGUUUUAAAAGAGACUCGAAAUAGAACAGCUGCCCGUUCAACAUUUGACGAGAACUGUUCACGAGGGUUCACGGAUGACGAGUUCCAGGAGAUAGCUUACUUGGGUCAGAAAAUUGAGUUCCUCUACGGCCACAUGUUUGACAUGACCAUAGUCAAUGAAGACCUGACCCAGGCGUUCUUUGAGUUGAUGGCUGUUGUCAAGGGCCUGGAAUGUGAGCCUCAGUGGGUGCCAGUCAGCUGGGUUGUAACCUCCCAGAGAGUAAUUUGAUUUUGGUUUUGGCUUAUUUUAUUCGACAUCUGCUCGUGAGAGUUGUAUGUUUGCUGAAGGGUGUACAUUGUCAUCUUGUCUUAUAGUGUAUACAACGCGUUCUCUCUAAAGUAAUAUUUAUAAUGUCAUAUCAUAUUUAUUUGGUUUAGGUUACCGCCGUGGCUAUCGAUGUCUAUAUUUGCGUGUAAAUUUGUCACAGAAUAGCCGAGUGUGAUGCAGCAGUUGCAAGCUGAUUCCUUUUGAUGACUAACAAACGAUCCAUGCUUUGUGGGUGAGAAGUUGAAAGAGACAGAGAGGAAGAUAAGUCAGGUCCCCAUAGAAACAACAUAUAUUUUUGUUGGCUAAUAAGAUUUGUGAUGCACUGUUUCUCGUACAAUAUGCCGAACUAAUUUUUAUGUCGUGCUCUUUGUUUUCUAUAUAUAUAUAUGUGUGUGUGAAAAAGGAUACCCGUAUUGUAUCUGUUGCUCCUGACUUAUUUAGGACUUACCCUGAAUUCCAUUCAAGUGAAAGCAAGUUUUUGCAAAAUGUAUCACUGCAUUGCAACAUGCUAGUGAGCUACUUGUUCAGACAUGUUUUUGAUAUUGAUGCGAGGAAAAGAAAAUUAAUAAGUUGUAUGUGCAAAACUGUGAGAUUGCACAACUGAAGUUGAACAAACAUUGUGAGCAUACUGAAACCACUUUUAAUAAGUGAUUUCGUGCACCAUUUGCUGCCAUAUGCCAUCCUGACCACAGGUGCCAUUGUUAUGGAACGGCUUUGCAUGUGCUCGUAUGAGAAUGAGUCUGCAUCAAACGACUGGUUAUGAGCCCCUAUGUAGUAUUGUUCCUGAUAGUCCGUUUGAAAAUCAUAAUUUGUACCUGUAACUCAGGUGAUCUGCUUCCUGAAUGAUACCAUUUACCUUGUAUUCUUGAAAAAAUAGUAUCAUGGUUUCACUGGAUCAUGACAUGAACUUAUUUAGGCUGAUCAGAAACUGCUGUAGUCACACAGCCCGGCAUGAUUUGCCGACUCGGGUUGUCGGUUGUAAAGUAUGUGGCAAAGCAGAGCAGUAGUCUUUUGUAAAAGACUAAGUAUCCCCAUUAUCUGCUGUAGCUAGGGGUGUGCGAAUAUUCGAGUUCUCGAAUUCGAAUCGUGUAUAAAAGGCUUGAACUAUUUGAUUCGCGAAUCGAAUAUCCAUUAUUUGAUUUUUCGAAUAUUUGACUAUUCCACGAAUAUGAACGACACAACCCGAAAGUGGGCUUCACCUGAUGCUUCCGUGCAUGAGGUGAAGCCUGCUUUACGAACUUGCCCUUGCUGCAGGAUCAACACAGGCCGGACGUAGUUUAAGUUAACGUUAUCUAAACUUAGUUUUGUAGACAUCGUCUGUGGAAGGGGUGGCGCCCCUCCCACAUACAAGUUAGGGGUGCCGACAGGGGGCUUUAAUUUGAUGUUUGUGAGGUUACUCUUGAGUAAUGACUACAGCCCACAAACAAGAAGGGUGUUUUAAAGAUGUCCUUUAUGUCUAAAAUUUCAGCAGUGCAAUUUCCUCGGGUGAGAGCAAAGAAACUAUAGGGUGUUCAUGGCAAAGCUGAGGCAGGAUAUCAAUUCAUUUGUUUCACAAAUGGCCUGUGGUUGUCUGAAACGAUUACAGCCUCAUCCGUAUAACAUGCUACUGCUGGACAUAAAAUUUUGAAAUGAACGUAGCCACUCCAGUACUCCAGUAGUAAGUGUACUAAAGUGUAGGCUCCUCUGAAAAGCAGGAAGCAGUCUGAUGUAAAAUUAAAGAGUAAGGGCUUUAAACAGAAGAAUUGCAUGUCUCUCUUGUUACAGUGGGCCACAAAAUGGAAACUUUUAUUGCGAAAGUCACAUAUUGUAAAUUUUGCACAAAUAUUCGAUAUUCGAUUCGGUAUUUGGAAUUUUUUCUCCCAUUUGGUUCGAUAUUCGAUUCAACUUAAAAUAUUCGGAUUCGCACACCCCUAAAGCACCUUCUUUAUAGUCAAAGUGAGUGCAUAAUUUUCAUUUUUAGGUGAUACACUCAAAGCAUUGGCAACAUCACCUGUGUGAUUUCAAGUUUUCACCCAUUUAUUCCCUUCUCCAUGUGGUGUCAUUGAUUAAUUUCUAACUCCCAAAGGUACAUGGCAGAGGCAAUUCAUGAAGUACAUAAUACAAGUCUAAAGCUUCCAGAAGAAGAACAGUCCCUGUUCGAAAUAUCGGCAUCGGCCAACAAUCUACCAGGCUAAUUUUUUUGUCUGUACAGUGAAAGAUUAGCACUGCUUCUGCAGCCACAGAAGCUCUGGUAAUGUGAUGUCACUCGCUAAUGCAUGCUAAGGUAAUGCAUGUUUGACCAAUAUAUCCACCUUUAACUGUGGUUUGCUUGCUGGACAGAAAGAAAGAAAAAGUCCCGAUAAUACUCAAGUGUAUCAAUACCGCCUGAUUUCGCCACAAAUUACAAAUACUUAAAAUAGCAUCCUAUUUUCGUCCCCCCGAAUGUAACCUGAAAAAGCCAGACCCCAAAUACAUGUUCAGAGUUUCAAGUAUUUACACUCACCAGCAGGGGUAUAGUGAGGAGGGGGAGAGGAGGGGGUCUAGCUGGCGAGCAGCUGGCCACUUUUUAUGUAUGGCACCAUUUUUUCACAGUGGCUCAGGUUGAUUCGCUGAAGUGCUCAAUAGAUAUGAUCACCACUGGCUGGUGAUCACCGGUUCUCUUUUUUUUUUUUUUUUCUGGCUACACCCCUGCCCACCAGCUAUUUUUCCUCUACCUCAAAUAGCCUAACUAUAUCUUGUGUGGUGGACGCUGGGAAAUGAUUUCUUGCUGCAGAAUUGGAUCCCUCGACACUAGAGAUUUGCUCCUUGUUGAGGCCUAGAGGUUUUCUACGUUUCAUUUGCUCAAGUCUCAUUAUUUUACGCAGAAGUAUAUAGGUGUUACUACAAUACACAUUUUGUACUGUGUGUUUGUACUGUGCAGCUUGUACGAGAUAAUGCUACAGCCAGGUUCCUUUAGCUGAUGUUUUGAUUAAGCUACAGCUACUCAAAAAUCUAUACUCAUUUUGAUUAGUGUGGAGCAGGUGAUUUUUUUUUUU